AAAAUCCAAGUGUUUAUAGGAACUAAUUUCAUACUCCAGCAAACUUUAAAUAUUACUGCACCGGUGACCAAUUGGGUCCAGCAGGACCAGUACUCCACCCCCCACACUAGCUAAUUGAAGUCGGAAAAAUGCGGUGUCCGUACUGCUCGGCGGUGCAAGGGCGGUGCAACAGCAGUACCAGCGGCAGACCGAUAACAGAGUGCACAUCCUGCGGCCGUGUAGUGGAGGAGCGAUUGACCCAAUCUCACCAUCUUUUUCAUACCCGUGCACAAGAUUCUCCUCUGUGCCUGGCCACUUCCGAUCUCCCCACUCCUCCCAUCUCCGCCACUAACGACGAUGAAGACCCAUUUGAACCCACUGGUUUCAUCACCGCUUUCUCUACUUGGUCUCUCGAACCCUACCCAGUAUUUGCCCAAUCCUCCAUUUCCUUCGCCGGCCAUCUUGCAGAGCUCGAGCGGGUCCUCGAAACGACGUCGUCUUCCUCCAGUGCGUCAUCUUCCUCUGUCGUGGUGGAGAAUCUCCGGGCUUAUUUGCAGAUUAUUGAUGUGGCUUCCAUUUUGCGACUGGAUUAUGAUAUAUCGGACCACGCUUUUCAGCUCUUCAGGGAUUGUUCUUCGGCAACUUGCUUAAGGAAUCGGAGUGUUGAAGCGCUUGCUACUGCUGCUCUUGUACACGCUAUCAGAGAAGCCCAAGAGCCAAGAACUCUCCAGGAAAUAUCAGUUGCAGCCAAUUUACCUCAGAAGGAAAUCGGGAAGUACAUAAAGAUUCUUGGAGAAGCAUUACAACUCAGUCAACCUAUCAAUAGUAAUUCUAUAUCAGUCCAUAUGCCAAGGUUUUGUACACUUCUUCAGCUGAAUAAAUCUGCUCAGGAGCUGGCGACUCACAUUGGUGAAGUAAUCAUCAAUAAAUGCUUUUGCACGCGAAGGAAUCCAAUUAGUAUCUCUGCUGCUGCUAUAUAUUUGGCAUGUCAACUGGAAGACAAGCGGAAGACCCAGGCUGAAAUAUGUAAGGUGACUGGACUCACCGAGGUUACUCUUCGUAAGGUGUACAAGGAGCUUUUGGAGAACUGGGAUGAUCUCCUACCAUCAAGUUAUAAACCAGUUGUUCCACCAGAGAAGGCUUUUCCUUCAGCUAUCAUUGAUACAGGCCGUUCAUCAACACCUAGAGUUGAUAUAGUUGAGGGAACUUCGGCUGAGAGGGAUAAGCCUGUUAAACCAGUCGACUCAUUAGAUGUAUCUUCUCAGAUCAGAGGCAAGGAGGAUUCCCAUAGCAAAGAUAAUAUUAAUACAACUCAAAUAUCUUGGCCACCACCAUUUUGGAAGCCUCAAGCUCCUGCUGAAGGUGGUGUUAAAACAGCUACAGAGAAGAGUCAGAAUGCUACUCAAGAAAUGGAGAUUGAUUUAUGAUAUAAAUCUCAGGAAGAUACACCUUUUCACAAAUAGCAAAAACUGCUUCUAGUUCUUUGAUGUUAGCCAGUUCUCUUAUCACCUGUGUCAACUGCAACUUCAGCUUCAUGUUGUGGAUGCUGCAGCCUGCAGUAUCACCUGGCUUUUUUGCAAUGUUCAAGCUGUACUACUACAAAAGGUUGCAUCUAACCAUGUAGAUAGAGGAGUCAUUAAGUAAAGUCAGAAUGAGGAGCCAUAUGUGGCUGGAUAAACAGAUAAGCAUUUGCUUUGGUAAGAAGACGGUGGCCUAUGAGAGGGAGGAUGGUUCAUACAGGAACACCUUGUGUAAAUUUUAGUUUGUUCUCUCGUGGAGCUUUGAGUGACUUGGUGCUUAAAUGGACAUUUCCGCAAUCAUCUAAAAGUCCUGUUUUCCUUCCCUUCUCGUAAUAUAUAGUUAGAAUGUUUCAUGAUACUAAUAUCUUAUUUUUUUCUCUAACACAUUUAGCUUGGAACGCUCUCUUGUAUGGAUACUGAGCGCCGGUGGUGAUAUCUUUUCGCCUUCUUGGUAUAAAAAUGGAGAAAGAGAAUCUUAAAUACUCCUUGCCUUUUUCUAAUUCUAUUUGUCAUAUAUUAGUUGCUCUAUAACUCUUAUUUGUGAGUUACUAUUUAUAUACUCUUCUUUAAUCCUAGGGAUGCUAAAUGAAGCAGGGGUGUAAUUUCGCAAGUAGUCAUUUUAUUAUUAUUAGAUUCAAUGAAAAAAUUACUCAACUUUCUCUGAA